CCCAUGGCACUGCCAUCACUCCUGUUGUUGGUGGCAGCCCUGGCAGGUGGGGUGCGACCUCCCGGGGGGCGGAACCUGACGCUGGCGGUGGUGCUGCCAGAACGCAACCUGAGCUACGCCUGGGCCUGGCCGCGGGUGGGUCCUGCUGUGGCCCUGGCCAUGGAGGCGCUGGGCCGGGUACUGCCUGUGGACCUGCACUUUGUCAGCUCGGAGCUCGACGGUGUCUGCUCUGAGUACCUGGCCCCGCUGCGUACUGUGGACCUCAAGCUGUACCAUGACCCCGACCUCCUGUUAGGCCCGGGCUGCGUAUACCCUGCUGCUUCGGUGGCCCGCUUUGCCUCUCACUGGCGCCUCCCCCUGCUGACCGCGGGCGCCGUGGCCUCUGGUUUUGCUGCUAAGAAUGAGCAUUACCGUACCCUGGUGCGCACUGGUCCCUCUGCUCCCAAGCUGGGUGAGUUCGUAGUGACAUUGCAUGGCCAUUUCAACUGGACUUCCCGUGCCGCCCUGCUCUAUCUGGACGCUCGCACCGAUGACCGGCCUCACUACUUCACCAUCGAGGGCGUCUUUGAAGCCCUGCAGGGCAGCAACCUCAGUGUGCAGCACCAGGUGUAUGCCCGAGAACCAGGGGGGCCUGAGCAGGCCACCCACUUCAUCCGGGCCAACGGGCGCAUUGUGUAUAUCUGUGGUCCUCUGGAGAUGCUGCAUGAAAUCCUGCUUCAGGCCCAGAGGGAGAACCUGACCAACGGGGACUAUGUCUUCUUUUACCUGGAUGUCUUUGGGGAGAGUCUCCGUGCAGGCCCCACACGCUCAACUGGCCGGCCUUGGCAGGACAAUCGUACCCGGGAACAGGCCCAGGCCCUCAGAGAGGCCUUCCAGACGGUAUUGGUGAUCACAUACCGAGAACCUCCAAAUCCUGAGUAUCAAGAGUUCCAGAACCGUCUUCUGAAAAGAGCACGGCAAGAUUUUGGUGUGGAGCUGGGCCCCUCCUUGAUGAACCUCAUCGCUGGCUGCUUCUAUGAUGGGAUCCUGCUCUAUGCCGAAGUCCUGAAUGAGACAAUGCAGGAAGGGGGCACCCAGGAAGACGGGCUUCGAAUUGUGGAGAAGAUGCAGGGGCGAAGAUAUCAUGGUGUGACUGGACUGGUUGUCAUGGACAAGAACAAUGACCGGGAGACCGAUUUUGUCCUGUGGGCCAUGGGAGACCUGAAUUCUGGGGACUUUCAGCCUGCAGCCCACUACUCAGGAGCCGAGAAGCAGAUUUGGUGGACAGGGCAGCCUAUCCCCUGGGUGAAGGGGGCGCCCCCCUUGGACAAUCCCCCCUGUGCAUUUGACUUGGACGACCCAUCCUGUGAUAAAACUCCACUGUCAACUCUGGCCAUUGUGGCACUGGGCACAGGCAUCACCUUCAUCAUGUUUGGUGUUUCUAGCUUCCUCAUUUUCCGUCCUUACAGAAAACUAAUGCUGGAGAAGGAGCUGGCUAGCAUGUUGUGGCGCAUUCGCUGGGAAGAGCUGCAGUUUGGCAAUUCGGAGCGAUACCAUAAAGGUGCAGGCAGUCGCCUCACACUGUCCCUGCGGGGAUCCAGUUAUGGCUCGCUCAUGACAGCCCAUGGGAAAUACCAGAUCUUUGCCAACACCGGCCACUUCAAGGGGAAUGUUGUUGCCAUCAAACAUGUGAAUAAGAAACGCAUUGAGCUGACCCGCCAGGUUCUGUUUGAACUUAAACAUAUGAGAGAUGUUCAGUUCAACCAUCUCACUCGCUUCAUUGGUGCCUGUAUAGAUCCACCCAACAUUUGCAUUGUCACUGAGUAUUGUCCUCGUGGGAGUUUACAGGAUAUUCUGGAAAAUGACAGCAUCAACUUGGACUGGAUGUUUCGCUAUUCACUGAUUAAUGACCUUGUGAAGGGCAUGGCCUUUCUUCACAACAGCAUUAUUGCAUCCCAUGGGAGUCUCAAGUCCUCCAACUGUGUGGUGGAUAGUCGUUUUGUGCUGAAAAUCACAGACUACGGCCUGUCCAGCUUCCGAUCUACCGCUGAGCCCGACGACAGCCACGCCCUUUAUGCCAAGAAGCUGUGGACUGCCCCAGAACUGCUCGCUGGGAACCCACUGCCGACUGCAGGCAUGCAGAAAGCUGACGUCUACAGCUUUGGGAUCAUCCUGCAGGAGAUAGCACUCCGCAGUGGUCCUUUCUACUUGGAGAGUCUGGAUCUCAGUCCCAAAGAGAUUGUCCAGAAAGUCCGAAAUGGUCAGAGGCCAUAUUUCCGGCCAAGCAUUGACCGGACCCAACUGAACGAAGAACUGAUUUUGCUGAUGGAGCGAUGUUGGGCCCAAGACCCUGCUGAGCGGCCAGAUUUUGGACAGAUUAAAGGCUUCAUUCGCCGCUUUAACAAGGAGGGUGGCACCAGCAUAUUGGACAACCUUCUAUUGCGCAUGGAGCAGUAUGCCAAUAACCUGGAGAAGCUGGUGGAGGAACGCACACAGGCCUAUCUGGAGGAGAAGCGCAAGGCUGAGGCUCUGCUCUACCAAAUCCUACCCCAUUCAGUGGCAGAGCAGUUAAAACGGGGAGAGACUGUCCAGGCUGAGGCCUUUGACAGUGUUACCAUCUACUUCAGUGACAUCGUUGGCUUCACAGCAUUGUCAGCGGAGAGUACCCCUAUGCAGGUGGUGACUCUUCUUAAUGACCUGUAUACCUGCUUUGAUGCCAUCAUUGACAACUUUGAUGUCUACAAGGUAGAGACGAUUGGAGAUGCCUACAUGGUGGUAUCUGGUCUCCCAGGUCGAAAUGGUCAACGCCAUGCUCCUGAAAUUGCUCGGAUGGCCCUAGCGUUACUGGAUGCAGUUUCUUCCUUCCGCAUCCGCCACCGACCACACGACCAGCUGAGGCUACGCAUCGGGGUCCACACGGGCCCUGUCUGUGCUGGGGUGGUUGGCCUGAAGAUGCCCCGCUAUUGCCUUUUUGGAGACACGGUGAACACUGCUUCCAGAAUGGAGUCUAAUGGUCAAGCCCUGAAGAUCCAUGUCUCCUCUACCACCAAGGAUGCCCUGGAUGAGCUAGGAUGCUUCCAGCUAGAGCUUCGGGGGGAUGUGGAGAUGAAGGGAAAAGGAAAGAUGCGAACUUACUGGCUCCUAGGAGAGCAAAAAGGACCUGCUGGACUUCUGUAAACUCCAUCUCUUCCCAAAUCAGACAACCCUGCUGCUGGCACCUGGGUGGGCAGUGGCCACAAUCUUUCCACAUGGGACAGUGGGACAUGAAAUGGGACAGUGUCACAUGAGAUGGAAACCAAUGGACACAAAACCCCACCUUUUGUGGGAGUUGUUACUCUUUGCAGUGCAGCCUUGUACAUAUACCUGUCUCUCUCUUGCCUGGUAUCCUUCCUCCCUACUUUCUGUAAAUAUCUGUAUCUAAACCAGAAUAUUUUGGCCAAAUAUAGAAUAGAAAACAAAA